UUAAACAGAGCAUUUGAGAGUAGCUGCCUACGUUCAUGAUUUUGUUUUGUCUAGGGCUGAAAAAGAAGCUGCAGGCUGUCUCCCGGUCACGGGGCUGCGGUGUGAUUGAGAAGUGGGAGACCUCCAUCAUUAACCACUUCUACUUUUCGGUGAGGAUAGCUGCAGCAAGAGUGAUGACCGCUGAAAGAAGAGGCGAGCUCGCGGUAGCCAUCUGGCUGUCGCUCCUCAACCACAUUCAGAACAAGCACUGUGGCCACAGCAAGGAAUAUGCCAACUGCGAGCAUGGGGACCUCUUGCCUAGAAAGUGGAUUUUUCCAGGUACUGAUGCCUUUGACAAACUGCGCGGCAUAGUGGAAAAUAAUCGCCUGCUUCUAGACAUCAAGCAGGUGUCACCAUCAUUCCAAACAUCAAGUUUGGAAUCCUUCCAUUCUGUCCUGAACCGGUUUGCUCCAAAGAGCUUCACAUUUUCUUUUCAUGGGAUGCUGGCAAGGUCAAAACUGGCUGCUUUGCACUAUAAUGAAAAUGCGGACAGGGUGCAACACAGAACUACUGUGGGCAAGCGGCAGUGGGCAGUGAAGUACCCAAAAGCAAGAAAAGGCAAGCCAGUGGCAUGCCCAGUCAAAGAGCCUGCAACUUUUGGUUAUGUUGGGCUUCUUCUUGAAAUCGUGAACGAGGUUGUGGACAGUGGCAGUUUCGGUGAUUCGCACGUCACAACUUUGCCUACGCCACCGCCACUUACAAGCUCUUUUGGACCAGUGGACAAGGCUGCGCUAGUGCGGGGUCACCUUUCAAGGUUUGCGUCCAGUGAAGACCGACCUAGGCACACAGAAGACUCGAGUGACGACAGUGCGUGAUUAGGUCACACACAUGCGCAUCUUUUGUGGAUCAGGCGAUCAUUGUCAGCAACUUCCCACAAGUUGUCUACGUAGGGUUAAAUGUCUCAGCGUGACUCUUGGGCUUGAGUUCAAGAGGUCUUGGAUUAAUUUCAGCCACUGCAUGGGAGAGGGAUUGCUAGGUAGCUUACAAUCACAAUGUUAGCGUAAAGUUUGUAGUGCUGUCAUCCUAAUGUUUGCUUAUGUUUUCAUAUUCUGUGUGGUGGUAUUUUUCUAUGCCCAGUCAUUCACUCCAGCACUGCCACUUGACAUUCCUGACCUGCUUGCACCUCAUGAAAAGCGCUUGCAUUCCAGAAUAGUUUUCACCACGUGUCUAUGAGCACGUGCUAGUUUCCUCGUAUUCCAAACAUUUGGCCCGAAUCUGUGGAGCAGGAUGACAACGCCAACUGUCUGAGAACUUGUGGCAAACAAUAUUAGCGCAUUCUACCAGCAUACAGUACUGUGGAAAUUGAAAGAUGAUGCAAUGGGCAGGUGAAGGGAAGGAGCACACACAGAAGAACCAAUGUGUAUGAAGAAAACGUGACAAACCAGCGCUUACAGGAGAACAAAACGACCUGACAGAGUGCUAUAUUUUUAAUAAGAAUGUUUGUAAUGUACUGAAGGCACUGGGCCACAGUGCUGGUAAAGGAAGAAGAACACAAGAAACGCUUGCUCGCCCACUCCACCAUAGCUCCCAUUGACUUGUUUUUGCUCUAGCAUUGAAACGAUAGAUUGAGUGCUGCUAGACAAACAUCCCCAUUGCAUCUGGUGGAGGUGCUGGGUUUCUCUUCCACAUCCUGGAACUCCGCAGUCGGACGCUACCACCUGCUCCUGCGAUGACUGAUCCCGGACCAUCCCAGGCUCCUGACGUCUACCGGACGACCGGAACUUUCCAUGUACUGCCACCACCUUCACGUCUGGUUCCCGUUCCUUACUCGGCCGCUGGAGCCCCUGUCAUAAACCCGUGGCGCACACCUGACAACCGGCCAAUAUACUAUUCCUGUGGUUUCCCAGGCCACGUAGCACGAUUCUACUGCCGUCACAACUUCCGUUUCCUUGACAAUGGGGGUGCCUCUGGCUACAUGCCUGCUCAACUUCCGCGUCAUGACGUCUCUAAUCUUCCUGCGGACUCGUCUUCUAGUCGCUGCCCCUUCGAUUCACACCGGUUGCCCUUCCCACGUUACCAAUCCCUUUCCCCCAUGGUUCGUCGACUCAGUCCAGCCCGCGAGGAAAACUAACAGUCGCAGUUCCCGAGGCAAGAACUGCAUUUACGUCGAACAUUUCAAGGCCUCAUUUUUCUCCUGCGAACGAAAUUGAGCUGUCUGUAGAUGGCGUCACUGUACACGCACUUAUUGACACCGGAGCCGCCGUUUCUAUUAUUAGUGAAGAGCUUUGCCGCAAUUUGAACAAAGUGACCACUCCACUUACCUAUCUAUCGCUGCGUACGGCAACCUCGCAUCGCAUUCAGCCGUCAGCAUCAUGCACAGCCCGAGUCGUCAUUCAAGGCGUUUUGUAUGUUGUCGAAUUUGUUGCCCUGUCUCGUUCCUCGCACGAUGUCAUUCUUGGAUGGAAUUCCCUAUCUGUAAAUCAAGCUGUUGUCGACUGCGCUCGUGCCGAACUUACAUUCUCUGUGCCGUGCUUUGACCCUGACGACCACCGUUCUACUAAAGUUGCUGCCUCUGACAUCGACAUCGCACCUUUCUCAAUCGCCCUGGUCCCUGUGUCGUGUGACUCUGUCGCGAACUCAUCUGUUUUGUUUAUGCCGUCAGCCCCUUGUGCGAGCCAUCGGAACCUUCUGCUUCCUUUUGCUGUCGUCACUUUUUGCGGUGGUUCUGCUGCCCUUUACGUGUGCAAUCCCUCCGCGUGUCCUUCAUCCGUACUCUGCGGCGAGUGCCUGGGGAGCUCUGAAUAUUUCUACUGUAUCAUCCCGGCUACCAUGUUUGACGAUGCGGCAUCACUUCCACUUUGCGCUGUCAGUCCUCCCGAAGCGACCGAUGCCCCUGUGGACGUCUUUGCUCAUGCCGUCGACUCAGCACUCACACCUGUCCAGCACGCUGAAAUUAUCAAGCUCCUCCAGCGUUUUCGGGCCUCAUUCGACAUUGGCCAACCGUCAUUGGGUCGAGCAUCAGCAGUCGUUCACUGUAUCGACACCGGCCAACAAACCCUUUGCGCCAGCAUCCGUAUCGUGUGUCGGCUGCUGAACGCCGUAUCAUCGACAAGCAGGUUGACGACAUGCUGCAGCGUGGCAUCAUCCAGCACUCUAACAGUCCCUGGGCAUUUUCGGUUGUCAUCGUUAAAAAGAAAGACGGCUCCAUAAAGUUCUGCGUCGACUAUCGCCGCCUUAACCGUAUAACACGCAAAGAUGUCUAUCCUCUGCCGUGCAUCGACGAUGCCUUGGAGACCCUACAGGGCGGAGAAUUCUUUUCCUCGCUGGAUCUGCGCUCCAGGUACUGGCAAGUGCUCAUGGCAGAGGCCGAUCGCCAAAAGACAGCCUUUGUAACACCUGAUGGCCUAUAUGAAUUCACCGUCAUGCCCUUCUGCCUCUGCAACAUGCCUGCCACUUUUGAACGAAUGAUGGACACCAUUCUCCGAGGCCUGAAGUGGAACCCGUGCCUUUGUUAGAUGACGUAGUUUUUUCUACCGACUUUGCGUCACACUCAGCCGCCUCGAGCAAGUCCUUGCGUGCAGCUAAAUUUGAACAAAUGCCACUUCGGCGCUCGCAAGCUUACUAUUCUCGGUCAUGUGGUCUCAAAAGACGGUAUGUUCCCGAACCCCACGAAACUUGGUGCCUUGUCCGCGCUCCCCAAACCAACUACCCUGAAAGAGCUUCGCAGCUUCAUCGGCUUAUGCCCGUAUUUCCGACGUUUCGUCCUUAAUUUUGCCUCCAUAAUCACCCCCUUGACCGCGCUUCUUCCCGGCCGUUCUGACCUCCCGGACUGGUCCCCGGCAUGUGACGACGCAUUUCAAGAACUGCACCGCAUUCUCACUUCACCGCCAGUACUGCGCCACUUCGAUCCCUCUGCUCCAACUGAGAUUCACACGGACGCUAGUGGUGUUGGACUAGGCGCUGUUCUUGCACAGCGCAAGGAUGGCUUCGAUGAGUACAUCGUAGCAUAUGCCAGCUGCACCCUUACCAAAGCUGAGGCGAACUACUCAGUUACUGAAAAGGAAUGCCUGGCCAUUAUUUGGGCUAUCGCAAAAUUUCGUCCUUACGUGUAUGGCCGC